AUGCAAAAUGUUAAAGAAUGGCUCCGACAAACAGCCGUGGGCAUGGCUCACGUCCACCAACGAGGAUUUAUUCACCGAGAUCUGAAGGUAAAAUAAUUUUUUUCUUAGUAAGGAAAGAAAACUGUUCUUGGAAACAGUUGAAGAAGUCUGUCCAUGAUUUUUGUUUUGAAUAAGCUUAAAGCAAAGUUUUCAAUUUUUAAGCGUACUUAUUGGAGGACUUGAGAAAGUGAUUUUUUCUUAUAUCCUGUAGCUUUUCUAUUCAAAGAGUACAUUGGAUUGAAAGGAAAUUAUAAAGUUUGCUUUUAGGCUCUUUCUAAGCUUUUUUUAAGAAGUGGAAAGUAUGGAGAGAGUCUUACAAACAUCUUUUACUGACUGAUUAGAGUAAAUAAGUAGAUUGACAAAAGUGAUGCGUUGCGUACGCGGUGCGGCUUUUGGCGGAGAACUUACGGAAGCGUAACCAGGAAAAAAAGUGGGAAAAAUGACUUUUUUGAAUUUCCAAUUUUUAAAUCGUUCAACUUAGCUUUCUGAGAGCCAAAAAUUGAAAGCUAUUGAAAAACUUUCAAAAAAAUGAAGAAAAACAUGGAAAAAUGAUGGUUCACUUUUAGCUUCAAGUUUUCCGCCAAAAAACGCAACGCGUCACUCUGGCCAAUCUACCUACCUUGUCUUUGAAAUCAAAAAAAGGAUACACUGUUACUUAUGAACCUAUUUGAAAUAAUAGAAACAGCAAAGAGAGGAAUCGAAAGUAAUGAGAGCGAAAUGUUUUAUUUAUGCGUGGAAUUUCACUUCUAGUGUUUUGAAAGGUGUUUGCAAUAAUUUCCUCAAAUAAAUCCGAACUCUAUCAGUUUUAUACUAUAAAAAAGCCACAAAUUUUCAGCCUCGAAACAUCCUUUUUUCCGGUGACCCUGAUGAUGAAAAGAGUCACAUAGUUAUUGGUGACUUUGGACUGGCAACGGUCCCAAACUCGAAGAAAGCCGAGUUUCAUGACGCUUUCGGAAAAGAAGAUGAUUUUGCAACGAAUGAUCUCGGAACCUAUGAAUAUAUGGCUCCCGAGCAGGUUAAAAAACGCUUUCAAAAACUUCAAACAGUUUAAUUCAAGCGGGCUCGCGAAGAAAUCGACGAAAAAGUCGAUGUCUACGCAUUUGGCAUCAUUUGUUAUGAAGUCAUGUCUUCGUACGUCGAGCACUCGGAGCGAAAGGAAUUCUUGGAAAAAGUUCGCACUACCAAGGACGAUUAUUUCGAGGACGAUGAGGAAGCGGUAGGAAACUUGUAG